GUGGAUGUAGCUGUGGUGCAUUUCACUCCACUGGUGCAACCCAAGAUACAGCAGCCAUUUGAGCUAGUUGAAAAAGUGGUUCAAAGUGCUUUCCAGUUCAGAAGAAAAUACUGCUUCCGUGGAAUCGAGACCUUGUUCCCUGAAAACGGACGUCUGAAAAGAACCGAAGAGCUGAUGAUGACAGCGAAUGUAGAUCCAACGCUGCGUCCCUUUCAGCUCACCAUGUCACACUUCAGAAACCUGUGUAAUACGUACAGGAAAAUGUGUGAUGAAGACCCCAGCCUCUUUGUGUACAAUUACAGAGAACAACUCAGGCUAAAGAAGAAGAUGAAUCUCCUUAAAAGUCCCAGGCACCCCAGACAGACUGAAGAGGAAAAUGAGUUGUAA